GCAGGGUCGGGCCUGGGGGACGCCGCUCCUGCGCCUGCCGCCUAUGAUGCUGAUCAGCGUGCUUGUCUGUCGCCGUCCGUCCUAGCCCUUGGGCCGGACCCCGACGACCUGCUGGGCACGGCCUUCCUGUGGUGUGGGUGGCGUGUUCUUCCGACCUCGGGGCUGCACGGUCCAGCCGGGAACCCUGGUGACGCCAGGUGGUUCGACGCCACGGCCGCGGACAUCGCCUCCGCCGACCUCUUGUUCAUUUCUUGGGACCAGGCAGCCCGACCACGAGCCGGUGAAGUUCCGGCGGUUUUCGAUGAUGGCCGUGCAGACUCGCGCCUUUUUGCCGACCGCGUGGCUGCGGGGCGGGACCCCGCAGCCCGGUUGCGGAGCAGCGCCCCCGGCACGACAGCCGAGGAUUUCCAGAACGCGGUGCUAGCUUUCCUCCAAGGCCAGGUGGUGCAACGUCAGGCGCGUGGAGGCUGCAUCUUGGAGGACGCGUUGGCCGACGCGUGCUGGCAGGCACCGGUUGUCACGCAGAGAGAUUGCAUCGGGGCCGCCUUGUUGUGCCAGCACUUUCACGACCCCCUGGAGUGGGACCCCGACUGGGUCGGGGGCGAGUGGCGGCUCCCGAGCCAGGAGGAGGCGCAGGUCACGGCCCCGUUUGCCUUCUUCAUUGCAGUUUCGGCGUCUUGGUGGGCUGCCCGUCGAGGUCUGGCGGUGGUUCGGAUACACCGGCUGCCACCGGUAGAGAGCACCGGUCGGCGGGAGCAUUGGCUUCAGAUUGCCCCCGAGGCGCUGCGGUCGGAGGCCAUGUCGCCUCUGGCUGUCUCUCUGGGCCUUAGGCCCGGGCAGAUCCCAGCUGCCGACCAGUUGCCAGUGAAAGCCCUGGCAGAGGAGCGCGUGGCAGCCAAGGGCCUGUUACCGGAUGGUUGCGUGUAUGUGGGUCAGGGCAACUACCAGCACCGACUUCCUACCUCGAAGUGGCGUAACCCUUGGGUAGCUGGGCUUACUUGCGACCCAGGACAGGCCUUGUCGCGCUAUGCUGACUUCGUCGUGGCCGAGUUGUGGCACGAUCUCGGGGAGCUAGCGGGCCUGACCCUGCUCUCCGACACCCCCAUGGAGGACUCCUAUUCCUUCGCCUUGGCGGUGGUGGUCGGCUUCCUCAUCCCAAGACGUCUGGUCUUUGGUUACCGAGCGGGGCGAAGGUUCGAGCGGCGGGGGCCCCAGAUGGUGCGAUCAGACAGGCGGUACCUGUCCCCUUCCAGCAAGAGGCGGUAA